AUGAAAAUUUUUUUGAGUAAUAAAUUUUUACUCUUCAUUUUUUUUCUUUAUUUUAGCACCGUUGUGAAAGGUGCAGACCAAAUAGUCGAUGAAAUAACUUACAAUGAACAAAUUUGUCAUGAAAAAGUAGAUCUUUAUUUAUUAAUGGAUGGAUCUGGAAGUAUAGGAUAUUAUAAUUGGGUUACUUAUGCAGUACCAUUAGUUGAGGAAAUAGUACAAAACUUAAAUAUUUCAAAACAAGGAAUUCAUCUUUAUCUCUCCGUUUUUACUCAUAUUUUAAAAGAAUAUAUUCCGUUAAAUAGUAUCUUUUCUACUAACAGAGAUUUUGCAUUAAAUGUAAUAAGGAGCUUAAGGACUAAAUAUUCUCAGAAUGGCUCAACAAAUUUAACUCUUGCCUUAAGUAGAGUAUUGAAAAAUUAUUUUUUAACUAAAGGAAGAAGAGAAGAUGCAGUUCAAUUAGUUAUAAUUUUUACAGACGGAUCUCCAGACAAUAAAGAGUCGGCUAUGAAAGAAGUAAAUAAAUUAAAAAAAAUGAAAGCCAAAUUUGCAGUAAUUGGUGUUGGUAUGGGUAUUAAUAAGGAAUUCAACAAAUCAUUAGUUGGUUGUCCUCUUAAGGAAAAAAAAUGUGAUCUCUAUUCAGAAGCCUCUUGGAAUGAAGUGCAAAAUGUCAUAGCUCCUUUUUUGAAAGAAGUUUGCAUCGAAGUAGAAAAAGUUGCGCAUUGUGGAUCUUGGGGUGAAUGGUCACCUUGCAGUGUUACUUGUGGAGAAGGAGUAAGAACAAGAAGAAGAGAAGUUUUACACAAAGGAUGUACUGACCAUAUGACUGUCCUUUGUGAGAAACCAAAUUGUCCUGAAAUAGUUAAACCCAAUAUUACAGAUGUUCCAGACGUUCCAGAUGAAGAGCCAGAACCUAUUCCAGAAGAAAAAAAACCAGAACCUGUUCCAGAAGAAAAGAAACCUGAAUCUGCUCCAGAAGAAAAAAAUCCCGAAUCCGUCCCAGAAGAAAAAAAACCCGAAUCCGUUCCAGAAGAAAAAGAACCCGAAUCCGUUCCAGAAGAAAAAGAACCCGAAUCUGUUCCAGAAGAAAAAGAACCCGAAUCUGCUCCAGAAGAAAAAAAACCUGAAUCCGAUCCAGAGGAAAAAAAACUAGAACCUAUUCCAGAAGAAAAAAAAAUAGAACCUAUUCCAGAAGAAGAAAAACUAGAACCUAUUCCAGAAGAAAAAAAACCUGAAUCUGUUACAGAAGAUAGAGAAUCAGAACCUGUUCCAGAUGGAGAAGCAGAAAAUGUUCCACAGAACAUCCCAGAUGAUGAACAAGAAGAAAAAAUUUCAGGGGAUAUUCCAAAUGAUGAAGAAUUAAUUCCAAAAAAUGAACCAGAAGAUAUCAAGAGAAAUGAAUAUGACACAACACCAAAUAUAAUUCCCCCAAAAGAUACAUAUAAUGACAAUGAGAUUACUAAUCCUAUUUCAGAAGAAGAUAACGAAAAUAAAACAAAAGUUGAAGAUAGAGUACCAAGACCACAUAAUACAGAUUCUGAAUAUAUACCUCCGAAAAGGGAUAAUCAUAAAGAUGAACCUUCCAGAAGAAAAAGAGAAAAUGAGGGGACACAAGGAAAAACCAAGAAAACAUCAUUAAAUGAUAACAAAUAUAAAAUUGCUGGAGGUAUAAUUGGAGGAUUAGCCUUACUUGGAUGUGCUGGAUUUGCUUAUAAAUUCUUAACGCAAACUCCAACUCCUCCCAUAACAUCUGAAGCAGCACCUUUUGAUGAUGUACUUGCUGAAGGUGAAAAAGAUAUAGAAGAAAAUGAACAAUUCAAAUUACCAGAAGAUAAUGAUUGGAAUUAA